AUGGACUGUGCAACGAUGACGAUUACGGUACCCACAGUGACGGCGACAUCACAGACGGAAGCUGAGAAGGAAGAAUUCAGCACUACUGAUACCAACACUCAGUGCGGAGUUUUAUCUGAGUUACAACAACUGGUGAUACAUUUGGGGUAUCCAAUUAAUAAAACCAGUUCGGUUUCGUCCAUAAAGCCAAUCAUGAAGAACAAUGUACAAAACGAGCAAGAUUUAUCAAGUGACCUAGUGUUCAGGGUCUACCACGAGGGCGCAGAAUAUUCAAGUGACCCUUUGAAGAAGUCUGAAGGACACCUGAAGAAAACCCGAUUCCAGCCGAGUUCGGCGCUAAUACAAACCCAUCCAACAUCCAGCACGCUCGAUCUUGAGAAACAAAUGCGGUGA